UUUUGCGGUAUCAUGACUGCGGCGGUGUCGUGUGCUGUGGAUGUUAUGUCGUGGGUGUUGGUGUCGAGGUGUCCAUCAUGGUGGAUGAUGCAGACGCGACGCGGCAGGCCCAACCGACCAGCCUCGGCUUCAGCGCAUCUCCAUCCCAUCUCUCCAGCACGACGACGCCAAUGCCCCGGCGCCCGACACGCCCACCACGCCGACCAUGGAGUUCCUGCCCACGCUGCAGAACGGCAUCGACGAGCUGAAGCCGUCCCUCUUCGAGCUGCUGUCGGAGCAGCAGCUGGCCUCGCUCCUCCCGCCCUCGCUGCGCUACCUGCUCGCCAUCUCGACCCACCGCUACCCGCGCUACCUGCUGCCCGUCCUCAACUCGUUCGAUGAGGUCUACGCCGUCCUCACCCUGCUGGUCGAGCGCCACUUCCUGCGCACCUACGGCGGCUCCUUCACCGAGAACUUCUACAGCCUGAAGCGCGCCCGCGUGCUGCGCGUGAAAGGGGGCGAGGUCCCGCGCGCCCAGCUCGGCGCGGGAGACAGCGUGCGCGAGGCGGUGCGGCUGGGCAGCGGUGACGUGUGGAAGAACCUCGCCGUGCUGGUCGGCCUGCCGUGGCUGAAGCGCAAGUUCGACGAGGGCUACGACGUGCACGCCGCACACGCGAACCUGCUCGGCCCGGGCUACAACCGCCAGCGCGACGGCCUGCGCGCGGGCGCCGGCCUGAAGGAGCGCCUGAUGUUCUACUACAAGUGGUUCCUGCGCAACGUCUACCCGAGCGUCAACGCCGCCUACUACUUUUCGCUGCUGCUGUUCAACAUGGCCUACCUGUUCGACGGCACAAAGUACCACUCGCCCUUUCUGUGGAUGAUCGGGACGCGGAUACGCAGGCUGGGCGAGGCAGACCACCGCGCCAUUGCCCUGGCCAAUGCGCCGCGGCCAGUCGGGCCUGCGCGUCCAGGCGAAGGCGGCUCCCUCUUCUCGCCCCGCAACCUCGCGAGGAGCGUGCAGCCACGACUGCUGAGCUCGCUGCGCAUCCUCCUCCCGACCAGCAUCUUCGCCCUCAAGUUCCUCGAGUGGUGGCACGCCUCAGACUUCGCCCGCCAGCUGUCACGAAAGGCUGCCGAGAACAUCGAGCUGCCACCCCCGAUCCUGCCGUCUCUCCCGCCUUCUUCUACAAAGCAGGCCGGCGCGAAACAGCAGACCAACGCCUCUGGCAAGCCCCACUCUACCAAACCAAAGCGCAUCGACCCGCCCAUAUCCGCCUCGACCCUCCUCCCUAUCCUCACCGUCUCGACACCACCAUCCUCAGGCCUCUGCCCAAUCUGUGUCACGACCAUCACAAACCCCACAGCCUCGCCAACAGGCUUUGUAUACUGCUACACGUGCAUACAUCGCUGGGUCGAGGGCACACACGACCACCAAGUCUCCUUCAUGGAAGGUGCGCCAGACUUCAGGAAAGCAGACGACGACGAUCAAGUAGAAGACGAGGGCUGGAACACAGAAGACGGGAGCCGAGAAGGGCGGUGGGAGAGUGGAAAGGGGAGAGAUGCCGUGACGGGGAGGAAAGUGCUUGGUGGGACCGAAGGAUUGAGGAGGGUUAUGGCUCCGCCUUCAUCAACACACCCUAUCAGCGACUUCGCAAACGACGUCACAGCGCAGAUGGAGGGCUUUGCCCAAUCAACAGACAUUGCAGAAGAGUCAAUUGCACGGGAUCUGGAAGGCGACAACUCAGAAUCAGAAGCAGAGGACGACGAAGACGACGAUGGCGAUUCCUCCGGAUCCUCGACUGUGCGCCAGUUUUCCAUGAUCGACUCGUAUCGCCGGCCCUCGUACGUCAAUCCUGGCGCCCGUUCGACAGCAAUUGGCCCUUCAAGCGUGCCAGAACGCAGCUACAUGUCCACGUCGGCAAAAAAACACAGCUAUCUCUCCAAGCGAGAAAGGGAAGCUGUGCGGGAUGACCAGCGCAGUCUGCUCCGUGAUAACAAUCUCCUCCCGCCCAAACACCCGCGAUCUGGGAGUGCGUCUUUUCCCCGCCCCAGGAUGUCUUUCCCCGCGCUGCAGAAGUCUCGCAGCACCCCGGAUGUGGAGGCUGCUGUUGAUUCGGAAAUAUCGGAGCAUUCGGCGCUGCUGGGAGAGCGUGAUAGACCGUAUGGAGGCCUGGAUACGCCUAAGAAUAUUAAUCGCAAGUGGAGUGAAGCGGUUGCGGCUGGCAAGAUCAACACCAGCUGGCAGAGAGAGGCCAAGGUCUUGACAAAAAGCUCUGCGCCCAUGAUUUUGACGUUUUUGUUGCAGUACAGUUUGCCCGUUGCAAGCAUCUUCACGGUCGGGCACAUUGGGAAGAUGGAGCUGGGGGCUGUGAGUUUGGCUGGUAUGACGGCUUCAGUCACGGGCUACGCAGUCUACCAGGGACUAGCAACAUCCCUCGACACACUCUGCGCACAAGCCUAUGGCUCCGGACGACCCCAUCUCGUCGGCCUCCAAUUCCAACGCAUGCUCUACUUCCUCCUCGUAGUCACCAUACCCAUAUCCGUCAUCUGGGCAUUUGGCACAGAGAUCAUCUCCCUCAUCGUCCCCGAAGCAGAGACCGCCCGCCUCGCAGGUCUAUACCUACGAAUUCUAAUCUUCGGCGCCCCCGGAUACGCCGCCUUUGAGAGCGGCAAGCACUACGUGCAAGCCCAGGGCAUCUUCAGCGCGACAAUGUACAUCCUGCUCAUCGGCGCGCCGUUAAACGCGUUCCUAAACUGGCUGCUAGUGUGGCAUCUAGGCUGGGGCUUCAUCGGCGCGCCCAUCGCCGUCGCCGUGACAGAAAACGUCCUCCCGCUCCUCCUCUUCCUCUACGUGCGCUACAUCGACGGCUACCAGUGCUGGGGCGGCUUCGACCGCCGCGCCCUGAAGAACUGGACCCCCAUGAUCAAGCUCGCCCUCCCAGGCCUGAUCAUGGUCUUGGCCGAAUUCCUCGCCUUCGAAAUCCUAACCCUAAGCUCCAGCUGGCUGGGCCCGACAGAACUCGCCGCCCAAUCAGUCCUCGGCAGCAUAAAUGGUCUAACCUUCCAAAUCCCCUUCCCCAUCAGCGUCGCAGCCUCCACGCGAAUCGCCAACCUGAUCGGCGCCACGCUCGCCGUGCCCGCCAAAACCGCCGCGAAAGUCGCCAUCGUCGCCUCCGUCGCGGUCGGCAUCUUCAACCUCCUGCUCCUGUCUCUGCUGCGCGAGUACAUCCCGCGCCUGUUCACGCCGGAUCCGGAUGUGAAUCGUAUGGUCGCGUCGCUGCUGCCGCUUUGCGCUACGUUUCAGGUUUUCGAUGCGGUGGCUGCGGCUUGUAAUGGCAUUUUGAGGGGGUUGGGACGCCAGGAGAUUGGUGGGUAUGUGGGGCUUUUUGCGUAUUAUGUGGUGGGGAUUCCGAUUAGUUUUGGGACUGGAUUUGGGGCUAAGUGGGGGCUUUAUGGGCUUUGGAGUGGUCCCGCGAUUGCGCUCGGUAUUGUGGCUGUUAUCGAGGGUGUGUUUAUCUAUAGGACGAGUUGGGAUAGGGCGGUUGAGGCGGCUAAGGUGCGGAAUGCGGCAAACUAGACGCAGUGUAUGUGUUUGUCGGAUUAAAACGGUCGGGUGUGUAGAGGUAUGUGGGCUUGGAUAUAGAUCAGUCGGUGAUGUGUAUGAUAUACGCCAUUCAUAUGCCAUGUACUUCGGCCUGACCUUUUCUUUUCUUUCCUCCAACCAAUCACCUGACAAAGCAUAUAUAAACCCGUCUCC